AGUGGUUUGGAAACAUGGGAACAGACGGAAGAGUUACUAUGUGGAUUUAUUACUGAUAAAAUGGAUAUUGAUGGUUCACAGAUAGAAUUUCAGAUUGUUCACCGUUUAACUUAUGCCCGUAGCCGACCACAACCAAUAAUAGGCAAGUUUCUUAGGUAUAAACAGAGGGAUGAAGUUCUACGUGCUGCUGAGAAAUUAAAAGGGACAGAAUUCCGUAUUCGCGAGGACUUCACUCCUAAAAUCAGAGAUCUACGCCGAAAAUUAGGUAAAUUUGUGGUGGAUGCAAGAGCAGAAGGUAAAACAGUUAAAGUUUUGUACGAUAAAAUUAAAAUCGAUGACACUGUGUAUAUUUAUGACGAGGUAAUGAAGAACAUUAAACCACUGCGUAGCCUGAAUUAUUCGUCGCCAUUGCUACCAUAG